AGAGGAGGAGAAGCUAGAGAGAGUUACUAUACAGUGGCGGGCUACUUCGUUUUUAUAUUCCCUUCUCUGGGGUAUCUCUUUUUGUGAUUAUUGUGGUCCUCCUUCGUUGCUGCAGAAAGGAAGGAAAAAGCUAGGGUUUUCUAACCCCAAAUCUUGUUUCAGAUGUUCACUCCCACUAAUAAUUACAGCAACUAUUGCUUUCCUUUCUCUUCGUCUUCCUCCUCCUCCUCUUAUUCCUUCCCUUUUCUUCAUCAUCAUCCUUCAGCUUUCGAAAACAAUGCUUCUUCUUCUUCUUCUACUUCUGCGAAUGCCAUCUUUUACCAUCAUGAUCAUAAUCCUUCUCUGCCCUUCAUACCCACUCUAAUCCCAGAACAACUAACCAGUAAUAAUCUCGCUGCGCCCUCAGACUAUGCUUGUGCGGUCGGGAAACAGCAGAACAUUGCUCCCGAUUGUAAUGUCGUUCCUGCUAAUUUCAUCGCCAAGAAGCCUCCUUCCAAGAAGGAUAGGCACAGCAAGAUUUGCACAUCUCAGGGCCUCAGAGACCGACGAGUGAGAUUGUCCAUUGAGAUCGCUCGCAAGUUCUUCGAUCUGCAAGACAUGUUAGGGUUCGACAAAGCCAGCAACACUCUCGACUGGCUCUUCUCCAAGUCCAAGAAAGCCAUUCAAGAGCUUGAAGUCGCAGCUCGAAGCAAGAAGAAAAGCAACAGUAACAGCAAAACCAACACCAACAAGAGCUUCUCUUCCUCCUCUGACUGCGAAGAAGUGGUAUCACCACAGAGGGUGGAUUCGGAUUCCGGCAAGCCGAGGAGGUCAGAUACGGAGAAGGCGAAGAAGGAGUCGAGGGAGAAGGCGAGGGCGAGGGCGAGGGAAAGGGCUAAUCACAAAGGAAAGAGCUUAAUGGUGGUUUGUGGUACUGAUACCAGUGAAGGAACAAGAAGAGAAGAGCCUAAUAUGGAAAUUGAAGGGUGUACUGUGAUCAAAAGGAAGAUAAAGCAGCCUUCUAAUCUGAUGAAUUCGAAUCAUCCCCAAAACCACCUUGUGAUCCCUAAUCACAAGGAAGCAGGUUUCACCAACAACAACUCUCUCAUUAAUGCUGCUACUACUAGCCAUGACUACUCCAUAUUCCCUAAUCUGACUCCGAAUUGGGACACUAAUGGGCGCCCCAAUUUCUGUGCUAUAGCCAAUAUGAAUAUGUCCACAGAUCUUCAAAUUUAUGGGAAGUCUUGGGAAGAGUGCAACAAUCAGCGUCAACAAUAGUAUGAUAUAUUUUCAAUCUCAUGAUGAUCAGAAGAACUAUGAAUUCUCUUUGCCACAGAAUGAAGAAGGCGUUCUAGCUAGCUUCUUUUUUGUGUUAUGAUCUCUACCAGUAACUUUUCUGUCCCAUAUAAUUAUUCCCUUUCUACAAUUAAUUUUAAUUUUUGUAGUCCUUCUUUGUACUGAUUUUUCUCCUGAUGAUGAUCAGCCUAUGGCAUAUGACAGUUGACGUACAAGGUUGCUGCGUGUAUUAUUUCUGACCAGUAUUUGAAGUGUGGUUCACAUUAUAUAAUAUGCCAACUAGUGUAUAUCAGGAACUGUCCCUCUAGCAGCUUUUAGUCUAUAUAUAUAUAUAAUUAUUUGGUUAAUGUUCCACAGUACACGGGACCUAUAUAUUCCAUGGUUGCAAAUAUAUAUA